AUGACAAGCGCAACGAAUCCCGCCCCGCUGCACACCCCUCCAGGUCCAAAUGCCCCGCGGCCGAAAGGAAUUCUUAAGAACAAGAAUCGAGAUGCUCCCCCUGUAUCGCCGACUGGCAAUAUUGACACGGCGCAUCUGACGCCUAAGGACACCAAGGAACUGACCAUCGCAAACACUCAAUAUAAUGCAGGACGUCGGCGUUCUUCAUCAGGUGCUGGAGCGCGACUGGGCUUCCGCCGGCAAGGCUCCCUUCCACCCAAAGAGUCCCGAGAGAACGGCGGCGAGGAGCAGGGCCAGCGGCUAAAGUGGGAUGAGGCGAACCUCUACUUGACGGAGCAAGAGCGGACCAGCACCAUGAAGAUUAACGAGCCCAAAACCCCAUAUGCCAGGCAUUAUGACCCCGCCGAAGACCCGUCCGACGAAGAUGAGCCGCUGGAAUCAGAGCACGCCGAUGGCGAGGGUUCAACAGCACAAUCAUCACGACGGCGCCCGGGAGCUGACGACGAGAUUCCCGGGCUGUCUUUGGGCGAACCCGAAGAGGAAGUUCCCGAACAUGAGUUUGCGCCUCGGCCGCGCGCGGUUCAUGUGAAUAGCAACGAGAGCGGGCACGAUGCAGACGAGAAAGAAUAUGAGGUCGGGCUGAGUGCUGAGGAGCGCGAGAAGCACCGCCGGUUUGAGGAGAUGCGCAAGAAGCACUACGAGAUGAAGAAUGUCGCGGCGCUGCUUGGCCACCCUGAGAAGCUGGAAGUGGAUGAUGACGAGGAAGAGGACGACGACGAGGACCGCAACGCCGCGCCACCCGUUCCUCCAUUGCCGAGACCGGUUAACGGUUCAUCGUAG